GGUCAUGGCGGCAGACGUAGGGUUCUUUCGAGGGAAUUCGCUGGGGUUAACCUCAUUACUGACGUUCGCCAUCCUAUCUCUGGCAUGGUUUGUUGGAUUUGCUUCGAGGCUGUUUGCCAUUGUCCGAUUUGAGUCAAUUAUUCAUGAGUUCGACCCUUGGUUCAACUAUCGCGCAACAGCUCAUAUGGUCCAGCAUGGCUACUACAACUUCCUAAACUGGUUUGAUGAGCGUGCCUGGUACCCUCUCGGAAGAAUAGUCGGUGGAACGGUGUACCCAGGUCUGAUGAUUACAUCAGGGCUAAUCCAUUGGAUCCUCGAUACAUUGAAUUUCCAUGUCCAUAUCAGGGAGAUAUGCGUAUUUCUCGCACCAACAUUUUCGGGUCUGACAGCGAUUGCCACGUAUUUCUUGACCAAGGAGUUGUGGUCACCUGGAGCAGGCCUAUUUGCUGCUUGCUUUAUUGCCAUUUCUCCGGGAUACACAAGUCGUUCUGUGGCUGGUUCCUAUGACAAUGAGGGGAUCGCUAUUUUUGCCCUUCAGUUCACUUACUUCUUAUGGGUGAAGUCUCUGAAGACUGGCUCGGUGAUGUGGGCUUCAUUCUGUGCACUCUCAUACUUCUACAUGGUCUCAGCAUGGGGAGGCUAUGUUUUCAUUAUCAACCUUAUCCCAUUGCAUGUUGUUGCUCUUAUACUUAUUGGGCGUUAUUCUUCGCGGUUAUUUGUUGCCUAUACCACAUUUUACUGCCUUGCAACGGUGUUAUCGAUGCAGAUCCCCUUCGUCGGCUUUCAGCCAAUUGUUGCCGCAAUGCAAUACGCUCGUCAACGAAUAUCACGUCAACAGUUUAUGACACUAUUCGUAGGUGGACUAACAGCCGUUGGUUGCCUAGCAUUCGUCGUUUAUUUUGCACUGGUGUGGGGAGGCUAUGUGGCUCCAUUUUCUGGUCGUUUCUAUUCUCUGUGGGACACCGGCUAUGCAAAGGUAUGUGCCGCCAUUUCAUUCCAUCUGAGCGACACUCAUGAUGACCUUCUACAGAUCCAUAUCCCAAUCAUCGCGUCCGUCUCGGAGCAUCAACCAACGACUUGGGUAUCGUUCUUCUUUGAUUUGCACAUCACAGCCGCCGUAUUCCCCGUAGGAGUGUGGUACUGUGUAAAGAAUGUGAAUGAUGAGCGUGUUUUCAUCAUCCUUUAUGCGGUAUCUGCUGUGUACUUUGCCGGUGUAAUGGUUCGUCUCAUGUUGACACUCACUCCGGCUGUGUGUGUAUUGUCCGGAAUCGCCUUCUCCUACACUUUCGAAAAGUAUCUGCGAGAUGACGAAAAGUCGUCGACGAAAUCUGAGUCAGACCGUCAGAUGUACGACAAAGUUACUAAGAAAGGAAAGGUACAGGUGGACACCGCCGCAUCUUCUGAUUCCUCUGAAGAUGCCGUUGGAGUGAACACGAGAUCGCUAGUUAGUGUUGUGCUCGUGCUCUUCCUUCUGAUGUUCGUUGUUCAUGCGACAUAUGUGACAAGUAACGCUUACUCGCAUCCUUCGGUCGUUCUUCAGAGUUCGAAUAGUCAAGGUGACCGUAUUAUUAUGGACGAUUUCCGUGAAGCGUACCAUUGGCUAAGUGAAAACACUGCUGAUGAUGCCAGAAUUAUGUCUUGGUGGGACUAUGGCUAUCAAAUUGCCGGAAUGGCGAAUCGUACUACUCUGGUUGACAAUAACACAUGGAACAACUCGCAUAUUGCUUUGGUAGGAAAGGCCAUGUCAUCAAGCGAACCAGCGGCUUAUGAAAUAAUGCGAGAGCUAGAUGUUGACUACGUCCUCGUUAUUUUCGGCGGCGUUAUUGGUUACUCCGGAGAUGACAUCAACAAAUUCUUAUGGAUGGUUCGAAUUGCUGAAGGAGAACAUCCCAAGGAGAUCAAGGAGUCCAAUUACUUCACAGAAUCGGGUGAGUACAGCGUGGGAGCGCAAGCAUCGGAGACCAUGUUGAAUUGCUUGAUGUACAAGAUGUCAUACUAUCGUUUUGCUGAUGUGCGAAUGGGUUACAAUCAAGAUGGGUUCGAUCGAACCCGAGGAUAUGUGAUUGGAAAGAAGGAUAUCACUUUGGAAUACAUUGAAGAGGCGUUUACAUCAGAGAACUGGCUAGUUCGCAUCUACAAAGUGAAGCAUCCAGAAAACCGACCGGUUGUAAAAAAGAACGAAAGACAAAUUAUUGUGGAUACUAAGAAGGGCAAGAAUAAGCGUGGAGUGUUCCGUAACAAGCCAGACGUGAAGAAAGGCAAGAAGUUGGCGAUGUAA